UUCCACUUCUAUGCGGCGCGCCAGUAUAUAACAUGCCACACGCCGCCACCUACCAGUACAGCACUAGACAGUGAAUCAACGACAACACGAGCAAGGCUCAAGUGAGACUAUACUCUUCAACUCAUCACAUCACAGCACAAAAUGACAGCUCCAGCCAUCGGUAUUGACCUGGGCACCACCUACUCCUGCGUGGGUGUGUUCCAGCAUGGUAAGGUGGAGAUUAUUGCUAACGAUCAGGGCAACAGGACCACGCCGUCCUACGUGGCCUUCACAGACACAGAGCGACUCAUCGGAGACGCCGCCAAGAACCAGGUGGCCAUGAACCCCAGCAACACUGUGUUUGAUGCCAAACGCCUCAUCGGCCGCAAGUUUGAGGAGCCUUCGGUUCAGAGCGACAAAAAGCACUGGCCCUUCGAGGUUGUGAACGAUGGAGGCAAGCCCAAGGUGAAGGUGGAAUUCAAGGGCGAGAACAAAACCUUUAACCCUGAGGAGAUCUCGUCCAUGGUGCUCACCAAGAUGAAGGAGACAGCCGAGGCCUUCCUGGGUACCACCGUGAAGGACGCCGUGGUCACCGUACCAGCCUACUUUAAUGACUCCCAGCGCCAGGCCACUAAGGACGCGGGCACCAUCGCCGGUAUCAACGUUCUGCGGAUCAUCAACGAGCCCACAGCCGCCGCCAUCGCCUACGGCCUGGACAAGAAAGUGGGCGGCCGCGGAGAGCGAAACGUGCUCAUCUUUGAUCUCGGCGGCGGUACCUUCGACGUGUCCAUCCUCAGCAUCGACGAGGGCGUGUUUGAGGUGAAGUCCACGGCUGGCGACACCCAUCUGGGCGGCGAGGACUUUGACAACAGAAUGGUGAACCACUUCGCGCAGGAAUUCCAGCGCAAAUACAAGAAGGACUUGAAGAACAACAAGCGAGCCGUGCGUCGCCUGCGGACGGCGUGCGAGCGAGCCAAGCGCACCCUGUCCUCCUCCACACAGGCCAGCGUGGAGAUCGACUCCCUGUUUGAAGGCAUUGACUUCUAUACAUCCAUCACUCGCGCCAGGUUCGAGGAACUGUGCUCUGACCUGUUCCGCGGCACGCUGGAGCCUGUGGAGAAGUCUUUGCGGGACGCAAAGAUCGACAAGAGCGGCAUCCACGAGCUGGUGCUGGUGGGUGGCUCCACCCGCAUCCCCAAAAUCCAGAAGCUGCUGCAGGACUUCUUCAACGGCAAGGAACUCAACAAGUCCAUUAACCCUGACGAGGCAGUGGCCUACGGCGCCGCUGUGCAGGCUGCCAUCCUGCGGGGCGAUCAGUCCGAGGGCGUGAAGGACCUGCUGCUGCUGGAUGUGGCGCCACUGUCCCUGGGCAUCGAGACGGCGGGCGGGGUGAUGACGGCACUCAUCAAGCGAAACACCACCAUCCCCACCAAGCAGCAACAGGUGUUCACCACCUACUCAGACAAUCAGCCCGGCGUGCUCAUCCAGGUGUACGAGGGCGAGCGCGCCAUGACUAAGGACAACAACCUGCUGGGCAAGUUUGAGCUGAGCGGCAUUCCCCCCGCGCCGCGAGGCGUGCCGCAGAUUGAGGUCACCUUCGACAUUGACGCCAACGGCAUCCUCAACGUGUCAGCGGUGGACAAGUCCACGGGCAAGGAGAACAAGAUCACCAUCACCAACGACAAAGGUCGCCUCAGCAAGGAGGAGAUCGAGAGGAUGGUGAACGAGGCGGAGAAAUACCAGGAUGAUGACGCCAAGCAGCGAGAGAGAAUUGAAGUCAAGAACAGGCUGGAGGCGCUCUGCUUCAGCGUCAAGUCUGCCCUCUCGGAGCCCUCCGUGGCAGACAAGCUGUCGACGGACGAGAAGCGCGCCGUGGAGGAGAAGGCGGAACAGACGCUCAGUUGGCUGGACGCCAACCAGCUGGCCGAAAAGGAGGAAUAUGAGCACCAGAUGAAGGAGCUGGAGCAGGCGUGGCGCCCCCUGGCCAGCAAGAUCCACGGGCAGGGAGGCGGUCCCGGCGCAGGUCCCUCAGCGGGUCGCGGCCCCACCGUGGAGGAGGUGGACUAAGCAGAGUGAGACAAGGCAGCAGCAUCGCAGUGCCUUGUAUUACAACAUGGAUACCAAUUAUAACUAUAAGUGUUACCAGCUACCUACCAAAUAUACAUGUAAUAUUUAUUUUUUUAUAAUAGUU